AUGACACAAUUAAGUCAUUCGAAUGUAUGGUGCGCUAUUUGUGGAGGCCCAGUCGCUUCAUACAACAUUACAUCGCAUUAUAACCGCCCAAAAGACUGUUUCAAAUAUGAUCUAGAAGUGGUCGACCCAGCUGACGUCGAGUGGACAAAUCGAUCCCAAAUUUUGGGCUAUAAUCCUUCAGCUGCUGAAAAGUCAAAGUUCUAUGUAUCUGCACCAGCUAGAGUUUAUCGGUUCUUGACCUUAUCUUCUGAAGUGCAGCGAGAUCCCGCCCUUGAGGGUAUGGACGUGAGUUCUUUGAGAGUCUACAAGAACGAGAAAUGUCCUGAACGAGUGAUUCCUUUCCACCCGGAAUGCUACGAGACUUUGGCAUGGUAUUUGACUGGAACUUCUGAUACUACUAAGAUUAACAAGGGCGCACUCUAUAGAGCCUUGGACCGAUUCUCGGUUGUCAGGAAGAUCCGCCCACCAGAGUUAAGGUGUCUUUCUCUUGAUUAUGGGGAUGUCAAUGAAGCUCAGGGUUGGUACUGGAUGUGCAUUCCUGGGAAAGAGUAUACAGUAUCCAACCCUCAGUACAGAACUGAACUAAAGGAUGAGAUCGCUUCUUUCAUUUCAGGUUCUCUGUUCAACAGCAGGGCUCUUCACUUCUGCCAUGGAGCUAAGUCUGGGUCAAACCCAUUGGCAGGCCUUUCCGAAACAGUGAUAUUUAUGAUUUCGGAAUUAUUGAGCAAUGCAAGUCUUCUGAAUCUCUUAUGCGCCUCGUGGGCGACAUUCCUGAGCCUGAGGGACAAUGCUUCUUUUUGGAGGAGGCGAAUAGUAACCCAUUUGCCCUACUUUUUCGAGCUACACGAAUGCUUGAGAGAAGAGUCCCAAACUCUGAAGGGCAGGGACUUGAGGAAGAUUUUCCUAUGGGCUGAGUAUGCUUCAAAGCCACGAUCGGGAGUCGCGAAACUCAUGUUCUCAAUCGCCAAUCGUCGAAGGAUUUGGCAGGUCUGUGAGCAGAUUGAGAGCCUUUAUAUUCGAGAACCACGACGUCAGCCCACCGAAAAGUGUUACAUCAUAUACAAAGCUUUUAAAAGUGGCCUCCAGGUACUGGGAGAUACUCGAGAGCCAGGCUUGUACUUCAGGUCUGCCAAUUUCUUGCGAGGCUGGCACGAGCUCCUGCGCCCGUGGACAUUUGACCUAUUCUGGAACUCGGAAGGAGACUUAUCAGCCAUAGCUAUCAGCUUUGGGGAAGAGAAAAGAAUCUUCGGAAAUGAACCGCUGGAAAAAGGCUCAUAUCAGACAACAGGAUCCUUUGCAGGCGGCGUCUGGAUCAAGGGCUUUGUCUUCCAUAUCUAUGCCUCAUCUAUCCUUAGACCGUGGCAGGCUUGUUCUUGGAACUAUUCCUCGUGCAGAGGCGUUACGGUGUAUCUCACCGAUGGCUCUGAGCAUACGUAUGGCCAAGAUGGUCCGCAUCUAGUCAGAUUACCCUUCGCUGCUGCGGAGGAUAUGACCAUAAUGGGUAUCAAAGGCACUCUUACAGCGCAUAAAAGAUACGGUGUUGACCCUUUUAUCGAGAAAGUGUGGCUUUUGCAAGCCCGCACCGACGGCGGAGAAAGGCCCUCGAAAGUCCCCGAAGCCAGAGCCCAUGAGGGUUCCUGUUGGAAUGCGAAAACCUACAUGUUCAAAAGCAUGCUCGCGCCUGACUCUGAUAUGAGAUUACAGAUGUGUAAGGGUCGCAUUCGAUAUAGAGGGCGUUGGCACAGUCUUGUUCCCUUGAACACCCUCAUUCUCGCUAAUUACACAGACCAACUAUCCCAAAUUCGCAAUAUUUCCGCAUACCUUAUACGAGACAAGUAUAGCCUGAGCGACUGGCUCGCUCACAACUGUGAUGUAGGCAACUUGCGCCUUACAACUGAUGCUGAGACUCGCUGUUUACGCGACCGGGAUGACGACGGAUCGAUCUGGCCCGAGCAACGCUGGGAUACAUUCGAAAUUGAUGGCCAGGGCGGUGAGAGGAUUGAAGAGGUUAAGAUCUACCAUGGCCCCUUUCAUGAUACAGCGUCCAAAGCAAUUGAGAUCCAUACCAAUCGUGGCCGCUCCGUGGUAUGGGGAGUGGACAUGAGACGGGAUGAAGAAGGGGGAGAAACGAAUGAGCGUGCUUGUCUUCCGCUAGGGCAUCCUACCUGUCUCCGUGCAGAGAAGGGGUUUGCUAUCGUUGGAUUAGUGAUGGGAUGCGGAAAAGCUUUUGGUCGCUGGCACUCAGACAAUGAAGUCGUUGACCCUCACUGUGUGCGCGAUCGACAUAUGAUCGGCAAGGAUUACAUGGAUGAGGAUGAUGUCAGGGGGCCGUGGACCAAGGAGCAGAAUGAGAGGCGUAACGCGUCGUCGUUACAUACAGGCAUGAGCAAGUUUGGCAUUAUCACGAAAAAGAUUACAGAAGGACCUGAACAAGAAAUCUAG